UCCACGUUCUGACGAGUGCAACCGACGCUCGUAACAAGUGUUUGGAGUCGCGGGUGUGCCAGCCCCCCAGUGCUCCCAAAAUCCCGAAUAAUGUGUGCCUAACCCCCGCAAAAAAAAAACAUAAAAAACCCCCCUUUGCAUUAAAAACCGUAAAAGCCUCGCGUGUCAUCGAAGAGGGUUAAAAUGCCGCGUUUCGGAGUGACAGCACUCCUGGUGACAGCCUGCCUGUGGCUGGGCGUUGUCGGACAGUACGAGUGGCAGACGAAAGAUGCCUUCGACGAAGUAAAAUUGCGAAUGGAUAAGGUGACAGGUGACAACUGUGAGAUCCAGCACCUGGGGGAUCUGUUCCUCCCCGAGGACACAGUGUCGCACCUCCCUGACGUCAAAGACAUCAACAUAAACCCUGUCUUUCCGAACAGAACAGCUCUGCUUCACCUCCAGAACAUGGCCCUGAGCAGGUCCUUCUUCUGGAGUUACAUACUCCAGUCGAGGUUCAUAAGACCAGCCAUCAACGACACUUAUGAUCCUGGAAUGAUGUACUAUUUUCUGUCCUCUGUGGCUGAUGUAUCAGCCAAUCUCUACAUCAACGCCUCUGCCACGUACUUCUCACCGAAUAUGUCCUACACGCCGAGUUAUCGAGGGUUUUUUAACAAGACUUUACUGAGAUUUGCACCGAGAACAUUCAGGUCUGAUGACUUCAAUGAUCCAGUCCAUUUGGAGAGAAUUUCCACUAGGAACACCUUCAUCGUGAGGGAUCUGGGGGCCUUCCCCGCGCACAGCCCCAGCCGUGAUUAUACUUCUGACAGUUACAGGAUUAAUAAAUGGUACAACGCAUGGUUGCCGGACAAUCCCGACCGUCGUCAUGACACAAAGACGACGUACGAUAUAGAAAUUCGUUACGCGAACAACACGAACGAGACGUUCACCUUCCACGGACCACGAGGAGCUGACGAGGACCCAGGGCCGAUAAAAUGGACAACCCCCUACUUCGAUUGUGGCCGUUCGAACCGUUGGCUGGUGGCUGCAGUGGUGCCCAUAGCUGAUAUCUACCCUCGUCACACUGGUUUCCGUCACAUUGAGUACCCGAGGUAUACUGCUGCUACUGUCAUGGAGAUGGAUUUCGAGAGGAUUGAUAUUAAUCAGUGUCCCAAGGGAAAGGGAAAUAAUGGACCCAAUAGGUUUGCCGGGACUGCAAGGUGUAAAACAGAUACAACUGAGUGUGAACCUCUGCAUGGCUGGGGGUAUCGACGAGGUGGCUAUCAGUGCAGAUGCAAACCUGGCUACAGACUUCCUUCGGUCGUGAGAAGACCAUAUCUGGGGGAAAUUGUCGAGAGGGCGCCGGCAGAGGAGUACUACAAUGGCUUUGACUGCACGAGAAUAGGAUGGAUUCACAAAAUGCCAGUGCAAUGGGAGAAGGCCCCACCGCACAUGAAGGAAAAAUACCUGGAGCACUACUACGAGUACAGAAACUCUUCGUCAGGGCCUGAUGCCCUCCAACGAGAGAAAUUGAAUAUCGAUCAAGCACUGAGAUUCAUCCUGAGUGUAAACGAGAAGACCUGUGGCCAAUACACAAAACAGCAGUUGAAUCUCCACGGAGACAUUGGUUUUGGUGCCCAAGAGUUCUUCGAGAAUGAAGCUAGGAUGGCCAUGCGUCUGGCCAACUUCAUAAGUGCCUUUUUGCAGAUAUCAGAUCCCCAGGAAGUUUAUUCAGGCACAAGAGUGGCGGACAAACCCCUCACGGAGGAUCAGAUGAUCGGAGAGACCCUGGCACUUCUAAUGGGAGACACGAAAAUAUGGUCUGCUGGGACUUACUGGGAUCGCAAUAAAUUCACGAACAGAACUUUCUUUGCUCCUUACGCUUACAAAACUCAAUUGAACUCGAGGAAAUUUAAAGUUGAGGAUUUGGCGCGUCUGAAUAGUACAGAGGAAGUUUACACGAAUCAGCCCUGGUUCAAGGUUCUCCAGCAGAGGUGGGCAGCAAACUUCGACGAAUUAGAGAAAUACUUCAUGAAAAUUCACAUUCGUUAUAACGAGACUGGCCAGCAUAGCAUGAAAUACGAGCACUUCCCGAAUUUCUACAGGGCGGCAAACCUGAAGCACGGCCACUGGACAACUCCUUAUUUCGAUUGUAACGGCAAAGUGAAUAAAUGGGUAAUUACCUAUGCAUCCCCAUUUUUCGGCUGGGACAGCAUCAAGGCUAAACUGGAAUUCAAGGGUGUCGUUGCUGUUACCAUGAACUUGCUUCAGCUGGACAUCAACCAGUGCGACCAGCAAUUUUGGGUGCCAAAUGCGUUCAAGGGCACCCACAAAUGCGACCGAAAAACAUCAUAUUGCGUUCCACUCCAAGGAAGAGGUUUCGAAACAGGCGGCUACAAAUGCGAAUGCAAACAAGGCUUCGAGUAUCCAUUUGAGGAUCUGAUAACUUAUUACGACGGCCAGCUAGUGGAGAGUGAAUUCGUGAAUAUUGUAAACGACAAAGAGACUAGAUACGACAUGUUCAAAUGUCGCAUAGCUGGUGCUGCCUCGGUCGGCUCCAGCCUCGUCCUAAUCAUAUCGGUUCUAGUAUUUUUCUACCAUUUCUAUCGCAGAUAGAUCGUUGAUUAACUAGUUUAUAUUUAUGUUAUGAAUGUCUUCAGUGAGUCAUUAAUCCGUCCAGAAGCUAUUUUUUUAAAUCAGAGAAUGAUUGAUUUUAUCGUAAGUUUUUACAGAAUUUUAUCGUGCAAGUUUAGAAUAGUUUAGGUUUUAAUACUCGGAUUUAACUGCGAAAUACGCGUCGAUAUUCCGUCCAUAGAUGAGUGCCUUUUGACAGUUGGGAGGAUUUUUCGUCACCCAAAGAAUCUCAUGAUACUGUGUUAACUUUAUACAAAUUCACGCAUUCUUCGUCAUGUGUUCAUAAAACAGUUUUUAUAACAUCGAUGCAUUAUUUUAGCGUGAACAAAAGUAAUGGAACUAUUUGUAUUUUUAUGGGGAGCCGUUUGAAUAAACAUUUUGAACAAAAACAAUUUUUAAUUUUUUUA